AUGGAACGAACCGAAGAAGAGCUACCCGUAGCUACGAGUACUUCUCCUCGUAACAAAUCUUAUAACUCAGGUCGUUCUCUAAAUAAUAUGUUAAUGGGUUUCUCUAUGACAAAAAGUCCAAACGUUGGUUUUGGCCCUCGUUCUCAUUUCAGCUCUCAAAGUAAUUUAGAUAAUGGUCAACCGUCAUAUUCUGCUUCUCCUGGAAGGAUCCGUAAUCAAACAAUUGCUCUUGGUGAUGUCGAUAGGAGAAAGGAUUCUCCUCCCGGUGAAUUAUCCGCCGCUGGCCAAAGCAAUUUAUCAUUGCUUCUUCAAAAAACUCCUUCUCCACCUCGAGAAACUUCUCAGCAAACUACUGCUGUUGAUGGUGCCCAUGAUUCAAUUCCCCCAACAAUAAACAUUACAGCUCCUAACGAAUCUCAAAAUCCAGAGUAUAUUGAUCCUAUGAAUGAAUCCAGACCAUUACUUGAAAACUCUAACUUUCCUCUCAAUUACGGAAAUUGGAUACCUUCCGAUGAUCCCUCUAUUGAAGAACGCUCUUUUGUUGAAAAAUUCUACGAUUGGCUACCUUGCACUGGAGGUGACCGAUAUGAACGACGAAGGUCAAGUUUUAAAUGUACCCCGGAAAAUAUUUUCCGGCAGGUAAUUCUUAAUCCCAUCUCUUAUAUACCGGCGGUUAUUCUUGGACUUUUACUAAACCUGUUAGAUGCUAUAUCUUAUGGCUUAAUUACUUUCCCAAUAAGUAACCCGAUAUUUAGUAGUUUUGGUCCGGAUGGAAUUUCAAUGUUUUUUUUGCUUCGUGUCUCAGGUAGUGUAUUCUGGUGGUGGAAGGCUGAAACUAUUGCACUAGCUGUCCAAAAUGGUGGUCCUAAAGCUGGUGAUGACAAUACAAUCAUUGCUACUACAAUGCUCUCUUUUGCGCUAAGUUCUAUUUUAACCGGUGCUGUGUUUUGGUUAAUGGGUGCUUUAAAAGUCUGCGUGCGUCUUAAAGAAAAUUUAUCGUUUUCCCCUGAAAUGCUUUACGAACUCUUCCUCAAAGACCACAACUUUGCCUUAUGGAGUUCUGCAUUAGGCUUGGCAAUACUUUUGAGGAUACUUCAAUCCAAAAUUCAUCAUUGCCUUGUCGUCCCAAUUUAUUUUAUGAUUGUUCCUAUGUUAUUCUAUAUCACUGUUUUCGUAUGUAAUUUCUCAUGGGAAUUUUUAAGAGAUCAAAAAUGGGUUUUUGAACUACCUGAAAGUGAUGCUCCCUGGUAUAAUUAUCUUACCCGGUUUGAUUUUACCAAUAUAAACUAUGGUGCAUUAAUUCAAACAAUUCCUGCAAUGUUUGCUCUUACAUUUUUUGGAAUUUUACAUGUACCAAUAAAUGUUCCAGCUUUGGGCGUAUCACUUAAUGAGGACAAUGUGGAUACCAAUCGUGAAUUGAUUGCUCAUGGUAUAUCAAACGUGGCAUCUGGUUUAUGUGGCAGUGUUCAAAAUUAUUUGGUAUAUACCAAUUCUGUAUUAUUCAUUAAAUCCGGUGGUGAUAGUCGCGUUGCCGGGUUAAUGCUUGCCGCUGGAACUGCCAUCAUUCUUUUUGUGGGCCCUUGGAUCGUUGGUUACAUCCCAGUAAUGGUAGUUGGUGCUCUUAUUUUUCAUCUUGGAUUAGAUUUAUUGAAGGAGGCUUUGAUUGAUACUUGGGGAAUUGUCAACCGUAUGGAAUAUUUUACUAUUGUUGCCAUUGUUGUUGCCAUGAGUUCUCUUGGUUUUAUUGAAGGAAUUUUCUUGGGAAUCAUAAUGGCUUGCAUAUUUUUUGUGGUCUCAAACUCUCGUAAGAGUGCGAUACGUGCUACCUUUUCAGGAAGUUCUGUUUCAUCUACAGUUAGGCGUCGUUAUCGUCAACAAAAGUUUCUUAAAUAUGUUGGUAGCCAAAUUUAUGCUAUCAGGCUUCAAGGUUAUUUGUUUUUUGGAACAAUUAGUGGUGUAGAAAAAGAAAUUCGAAGAAUAUUAACUUAUAGUGAAUGGAGAAGAAAUCCAAUUCGUUUUCUGAUUUUGGACUUUAACCUUGUUAGUGGUUUGGAUUUCAGUGCUGCUGAAGCAUUUUUCAGAAUUCUAAGACUUUUACAAGUUAAAAAUGUUUAUCUAGUAUUUUGUGGUGCUUCUUAUCAUUCUGAAGUAGGAAAGGCUCUUAGAGCUAUUGGAAUGUGGAGAGAUGAACCAUUUAGUUCUGAUAACUCUCUACUUAUUUAUGAAAAUUUUAAUGAGUCACUUGAACAUUGUGAGAAUAUGUUGUUACAAGCAUAUUAUGAAAGUGUAUCCUCAUUAAUUUCAAAUCCGACUGCCGAUAGUACAAUACAGCCUAUACAGGCUAGACCAUUUGGUGAUAUUUCUGACAUAUCCUCUCCACGUCAAGGUCAUAUUAAAAAAAUAGGAGCAAGCAUACUUUCCGUUCUCCCUAACCCUAGUACUAAAAACUCUAAUAAACCUACAAGUGUUCUCAUGGAUACAUUCCAAGAUAUGACGGACAAGAAAGAGGAAUAUUUAGAAAAAUUCUUCGGUCGUAUUGCACCAUAUUUUCAUGAAGUAAAAGUCCCUUCGGGGGCAUCCCUUUGGUCUCAAGGAGAUAAACCAGAUUGUCUUUACCUUGUUGAACGUGGUAUACUUCGUGCUACGUGGCGUGCAACAGAAGGUGAUCCUUCUCGGCCUGUUGAAACUAUCUUACCAGGUACUAUGGCCGGCGAAAUAGGUUUCUUUACAGAUAGGAAAAGGGAUGCAACUUUAAUUGCAGAAAAUGAUUGUACCUUAUGGAAGAUGGAAAAAUCUGACUUUGAUAAAUUACUCGAAAAAGAUCCGGAUGCCGCAAAUUAUUUUAUGCGAUUGGCCCUAAAUUUCCCUGCCGAAAGAUUAAUUUCAAUGACUUAUUAUGCUUUUCAUUUAGCACAAUGA